AUGGAAUUGGGAAAUCGCACUGUCCUAACUGAGUUCAUCUUGGUGGGGAUCUCAGCAAAUCCCCGCUGGCAGAUGAUCCUAUUUGGGGUAAUUCUAGCGAUCUAUCUGGCAACCCUGUCAGGCAACCUGACCCUGGUAAUUUUAAUCCGGAUUGACUCCCGGCUGCACACACCUAUGUACUUUUUCAUCGGCAGUCUGUCAUUUCUGGAUUUUUGGUACACCUCCGUGUACACCCCCAAGAUUCUGGCCAAUUGCGUUUCAGAAGAUAAGCGCAUUUCCCUGGCUGGCUGUGGGGCUCAGCUGUUCUUCUCCUGUGUUGUGGCCUAUACUGAGUGCUACCUGCUGGCAGCCAUGGCCUACGACCGCUAUGUGGCAAUUUGCAGCCCACUGCUGUACUCAGCUACCAUGUCUUCGUCUCUCUGCACUGGGCUUGUUGCUGGCUCCUACAUAGGAGGGUUUCUGAAUGCCAUAGCCCACACUGCCAACACUUUCCGGCUGAGUUUCUGUGGUAAAAACGUCAUUGACCACUUUUUCUGCGAUGCUCCACCAUUAGUAAAAAUGUCCUGUACAGACACCCGGGUCUACGAAAAGGUCCUCCUAGGUGUGGUGGGGUUCACUGUCCUCUCCUGCCUGCUUGUGAUCCUGCUUUCCUAUUUUAACAUCCUCCUGGCCAUCCUGAGGAUUCGCUCUGCCUCAGGGAGGCGCAAGGCUUUCUCCACCUGCGCCUCCCACAUGGUCUCCGUCAUGCUCUUCUACGGAUCUUUGCUCUUCAUGUACUCGAGGCCCAGCUCCAGCUACUCCCUGGAGAAGGACAAAGUGGCCGCCCUAUUCUACACUGUGGUCAACCCCCUGCUCAACCCUCUCAUCUAUAGCCUAAGGAACAAGGAUGUCAAGGAAGCCUUCAGGAAAGCUACGCAGAUCGUACGCCCGCAGGGGUGA